ACGUUAAUAAUAAGCCGUGCUUACGGAUGGCUGUGCUUCGGCCGUCGUGUCGUCACCGCUGCGAACCAGAGAACAAGUUUUAGUCGGUCGGCGGCUUUGACCAUUCUCUCUCUCUCUCUCUCUCUCUCUCUCUCUUCUUUCUGCGCUGUUCUUCCUCUGCUCUCCUCGCGAAGCCUAGAGCGUUGAGCGAUGGCGUUCCCUCGUGGGUUGUGCACGGUUUCGAGGCUCGCGCGGCGAGGCUUCAAUGGGUACCGCCGGCUUCCUUCUUCGGACCAUCGGCUUCCCGCCCUGAUUCAGACCCACUUCGCCGGCUCUCCUAUGACGGUGUUGGGCUGCAAAGAUAUCUACUCAUGGUGUUUACCUUCCUCAUAUAGUAUCAGACAUCAGAUUCAUCAUCAAACAGCGGUUGAGGUAGAACAACUUGACCCAUUCUCACUUGUUGCAGAUGAGCUAUCUGUACUUGCUAACAAAUUGCGAUCAAUGGUUAUUGCUGAGGUCCCAAAACUUGCCUCGGCUGCUGAAUAUUUUUUUAAAUUGGGUGUGGAAGGGAAAAGGUUUCGCCCUACAGUUUUACUUUUAAUGGCUAGUGCUUUGCAUAUGCCUCUGCCAGAACCAAGUGAUGGUAGUGUAGGAGAUGCUGUGUCUUUGGAACUACGUACAAGACAGCAGUGCAUAGCUGAGAUCACAGAGAUGAUUCAUGUCGCAAGCCUUCUUCAUGAUGAUGUCUUGGAUGAUGCAGACACAAGACGUGGUAUUGGUUCAUUAAAUUUUAUCAUGGGAAACAAGUUGGCAGUUUUAGCUGGGGAUUUUCUCCUUUCUCGAGCUUGUGUGGCACUUGCAUCCUUGAAAAACACAGAGGUUGUAUCAUUGUUAGCAACAGUAGUAGAGCAUCUUGUUACUGGUGAAACUAUGCAAAUGACCUCAUCGUCUGAUCAGCACUGUAGCAUGGAAUAUUAUAUGCAGAAGACAUAUUACAAGACAGCAUCAUUGAUUUCAAACAGCUGUAAGGCUAUUGCUAUUCUUGCUGGACAAACAACAGAAGUUGCCAUGCUGGCUUACGAGUAUGGCAGAAACCUGGGUUUGGCAUUUCAAUUGAUAGACGAUGUUCUGGAUUUCACUGGGACAUCAGCAUCCUUGGGGAAGGGUUCUCUAUCUGACAUCCGCCAUGGAAUUGUGACAGCUCCUAUGUUGUUUGCCAUGGAGGAAUUUCCUCAGUUACGCACAGUUGUUGACCGGGGCUUUGAUGACCCAGCAAAUGUUGAUCUUGCUCUUGAGUAUCUUGGAAGGAGUCGUGGAAUACAGAGGGCAAGGGAACUAGCCAAAAAGCAUGCAGAACUUGCCGCUACAGCAAUUGAUUCUCUUCCCGAGAGCGACGAUGAGGACGUCCGGAAAUCAAGGCGAGCACUCGUGGACCUCACACAUAUAGUCAUUACAAGAAACAAAUGAUGCAGGGGGCUCACUCUUCGUUCAAUAACAAACACGUCAUAGAGGAGGUUUUGAUCUUUUUGUAAUCAUUCCUUGAAAGGUGGGGGGUAAUUUUGCCCUCUUUAUCAAUAUUCCUUUAAUUUAUCCAAUGUGUUCCAAUAAUCAUCUGAAUAGGAAGUUGUUCAUUGUAUAAUAGACCCCAAUUAGAUAGUAGGAUUUGAAUUUCGUAUAUUGUAAGCUCCCUUUUAUCAUUUGCUGUUUUCUAUGCUCUUUUA